CGCCUGCUGGGUUGUCGGUUCAGUCCAGUCCACUUCAAUCCAGUCCAGUCCAGUCCAGUCCAGGGCAGCCCAAUCCAGUCCAGCCAGACCAGACCAGACCAGACCAGAUCAGCCUUGCUCGACCCAGUCCUCGCCUGCGACCGCCAUGGCACACUCCUACUCCGACGAGCACCUCCACCUGCUCGCCGACCAUGCCAGAACCGACAACGAGCUCGGCGACUCUUCGGAUAAUGACUGGAAUCUCUCCGAAACCACCCGUACUGAAGAGCAUGGCUUUGUGGUCCACAAGGACCUCCAUUACUAUUGGAUCCGCCUUCGCUACUACGUCCCUGUGUUGACCUGGCUACCAAGCUAUCAGCUGGAGCAUCUUCGCAGCGACGCCAUAGCCGGCUUGACAGUCUCUUGCCUGCUUGCCCCACAGGGCCUCUCGUAUGCCCAGGCACUCGUCAAGAUUCCCCCCAUCUAUGGUCUCUACACCUGCUUUGUGCCGCUCAUCAUCUACGGCCUGCUGGGCACCUCAAGGCAGCUUGGCUUUGGCCCCGAGGCCCUUGUUUCUAUCCUGGUCGGCGCCAGCAUCAGCGAAUGGACCUCCCGGACCUCGGCUGACAAUGUUGGUGUCCUCUCGGCCGCCGAGGAACUCGCCGAAAAGAUCGAGAUUGCCAAUCUCGUGGGGCUGAUGGUCGGACUCUUUACCUUCCUGCUUGGAUUCUUCCGGCUCGGCUUCCUCGACUCGGUGCUGUCCCGCGCUCUCUUGCGCGGGUUUGUCACUGCCGUUGCGGUCGUGGUCAUGAUCGACUUGAGUCCCUCGCUUCUUGGGCUGGACCUCAAGGUCGACGGCGUCCCUGCUGUCGAAUACGACGAGGGCGACUCGCCCAUCAUGAAGCUCAUCCAGACCCUCACGCAUCUGCAUCUGACCCACGCCCUGACUGCGGUUGUCUCUGUCUUGAGCAUUGGAUUCCUGCUGGUCACAAAGUUCUUCAAGGCGCAAAUGUCAGAUCGCAAGUGGCUGUCGGUGGUGCCCGAGAUCCUGGUCCUCGUCGUUGCCUCGACGGCCCUCUCGCAGCUGUUCCGGUGGAAUGAUGCUGGCGUCGCCGUCCUUGGCACCGCUGCCGGCGGCUUUGUGACCCCCAAGAUCCCCACGAUCACCCUGGCUCGCUUCAAGUUCCUGAUGCUUUCGUCGAUUCUGAUCUCCAUCAUUGGCUUUGUUGAGUCCAUUGCCGUCGCCAAGACUUACUCCACCAAGCACAACUAUCCCAUCUCGCCCAACCGCGAGCUGGUUGCCAUCGGCAUCGCCAACGCCGUCGGAUCUUGCUUUGGCUCGUGGCCGGCCUUUGGCUCGCUUGGCCGAUCUGCGGUCAACGACUCGGCUGGGGCGAGAACGCAGCUCGCUGGCCUGGUGACUGGCGGUGUCAUUCUGUGCAUGAUCCUGUGGAUCCUGCCCCUGUUCUACUACUUGCCCAAGGCCGUCUGCUCCGCUAUCAUUGUCGUCGCGGCCCUGAAGCUGAUCGAGCCGCACGACUUCCAUGUUCUGAUCAACCUCCAAGCCUGGAACGAUCUGAGUCUGCUCCUGCUGACUUUCCUGACCACGAUUUUGGUGUCGAUUGAGGCCGGAACUCUGCUCUCGGUCUCGGUUUCUCUGCUGUUGGUGGUCAAGCACACAACCAAGACGCGGCUCGCUAUUCUCGGCAGAACCACCGUUCUCGAUCCCAAGACGGGAACGCUCAAGUCCAAGUUCCGCAGCAUCCAUGACACCCGGCGCAUCGAGCGCAUCGAAGGCGGGCUGAUCAUCCGGAUUGAGGAGGGUCUCUUUUUCGGCAACACGGGGCAGCUCAUGGAUCGUCUCAAGCGUAUCGAACUUCACGGCGAUAUCGGCGUUCAUCCUGGAGAGGAGCCUAUUGAAGGCGGCCAGAUUUCGGGCGGUCAGCCGCUGCGUAGUUUGAUCUUUGAUGUCGAAGGCGUUGUUGACCUGGAUGCGAGUGCCACACAAACUCUCUACGAGAUCUGUCAGUCGUACAAGGCCCGCGGCAUCAUCGUAUGCUUUGUCAAAGUCCGCAAGAAUUGCAAGCCGUGGUUUGUGCGUUCGGGCCUGUACAAUCUCGUCGGCCGCGAUCACUUUUUCAAGAAGAUCAACGAAGCCAUCGAGUACAUCAAGCGCGAACAGGAACGCCGAACUCCAGAGGCAAGCCAGACCCAUUCUGACUCUGUACAGGCAUCGCUGGCCACGGAUAGCAACGUUCUCAUCCAGGUAGAGCAGUCGACGCCCCGUGCCAGCGAGGACGAGACAACCUUGGAUGUCCAGCCUGUCGGUGGCGGCCACAGACUCGGCCGUAGCAAGUCCACCAACCUGCCUCGCAACCGCAACUCGCUCCAGCCUCUCCGUCAGCCCGAGUUCUUUACCGACAGCGAAUAUGAGGCCGAUCCUGAGGACGAGCCCCGCCGUCGUCGCAAAGCACAGCGUAAUAGCGACUAUCGUGGCCGCGACGUCGAUUGAUGGCCGGGCCGCUUGAUUCUUCCCGACUAUCUCGUCUUGGACAGCAGGACGCAAUGUUUGUCGCCUUCCCUGUGGUUCGUUGAUCGUCCGGCCUCAGUGGACCCAUACACUUUCGUUUUUGUACCCUGUUAUGCGCAGCUGUUGCUGCUUCCCUAUGUUCGAUUUUCCCGCACUCGCUGUAUGUCUUUGUCCCGUUAUUUUGUCGCUUGUUCCAAAUCUCUCUCCCUUGGAAAAUCUGGCUGGGUAGGCGCCGACCACUCCCGAGAGGGCCAGGCAAGUCCGUUAUUCUGCCGUGCUGCAAUGCCACUUGAGUUUAAGAUCCAGGCUGCUAGAUUCCGAUGGUUACUUUGGCGUUCAAUAAAGAAAGCACUGUGAUUUG